AUGAGCAACUCAAGAUCUAGGCGGACUCAUUCUUUUGGUGGGUGCAAGACUUGUCGGAAACGUCAUCUCAAGUGCGACCAGUCUGUGCCGAAAUGCAACCGAUGUCGGCUUGCUGGACUUGCCUGCGAGGGCUUUACACCUGCGUUGAGGUGGUUGAUAUCUACCGGAAAGGAGGUGUAUGAUAGACAGCCUCCUCAACUGGCGGAAGCUGGGGGAGAGCAGUUUUCCAGGCGACAUUUAUACACUGAGAAGGGUAGAGAAUCCAUGAGCAGUGCUUUGGUCAACAAUGUUCCCUCCACCAUAGCAGCAGCCCUCAGUGAAAUCGACGAAGAGUCGAAAUCUCUCGAGAUUGAAGACCAUGCAUUAAGUACCUACGAAGUCGGUCCCUUCCGGGUCUUCAAAUUCGAAUCAGAGCCCUGCCACUCUGUCGGAACCGCCAUUUCCGACCCCGUCUCAUUCGGCGGCAUGGACAUCGAUGACCUCAGUGAAGGAUACUCGGAAUCUGUCAUUUUUGAUCCCACGAGACCGGAAACCUCGACAGAUUUUUCUUCGAGCUCGCUUGACUUUUUGCAGUGGGGAGAUUUGUUCACUUGGGACGUGAGCAUUCUCGACAAUCCCCCUCUUCCGAUGAACCCGCAGGAUGGUCUGGGUGCUCUGCCUAUGAAUCUCAACUGGCCAACCGAACCUACUGUCAACUUUUCAGAAACGCUUGAUCCAAUGCUUUCUGUUGACACGACUCCCGAUGAUGUAGCAUGGCCCCAGAUUGAUCUCGUCGGAGAUGCAGCACUCCUACUGCGACACUUCAACGACGACGUCAUCAGCCAAAUGGGAUCCCUCCCCAUCAACGAAAAAUCCGCCUGGAGAACCCUCCACUAUCCCGCCGCAAUUAUGACACUGAGCCAGCUUACAGUGCUGGACGCAGACAAGGACCAAAUAAAGCACGCCAACCUGGCCAUCUUUUACGCGCUGAUCGCCGUUUCAUCGUUUCACCUCUCGUUGAACUCUGCAACGUUUCCGGCCCUCGCAAGACCUGGCGAUCAUUGGAAGUCUCUUUCAAAUCGGACAUAUGAGGCUGCGAAGCAUCAUCUGAGACUUAGUCUCGAGAAGGAGUGUCAGCCGCCAAACAAGGCCAAGUACAAGGAGCAGCUCAUGGGAAUCAGCGCUGUCUUGGCAACCUCUCUGCUCUCCGGCAAUCAAGACGAUACAAGAUGGUGUCUCACAGAAAUGGAGCGCCUAAUAAGCUGGCGAGGACUCACAAAACCUUCCAUAUCCCGCCGCGCCCGCAUUCUACACAACAUCUACGCCUGGAUGCGCAUCGUCUCAGAAAGCACAUACGUCUUCCGCGACGAGAACCACACCAUAGAAGCCCCAUUCUCACGCUCAAACAUGGCAAAACGACAGCAGACAAACAACGUGCCUGUGCAAUCCAUCAACCCCGACAUUACCCCUGACAACUUUCUUCAUCUUGAGCCGCGAAAGCUACAUUCCAGUCACGGACAGAAGGAGUCAAGACGCGAUAUCAAAGCUAUUCAUCUAGCGGAUACGUCGCAAGACCAUGAAAACAUGUACAUGCAGAUAUACGGCGUUCCGGAAACAUGGCUAAGCCUUGUGUCACAAAUAACACGCCUCGCAAACGUCAUGGACCGUCUCUCGACCAGGAAAAAGUCGGACGCCGAAAUCCUAGUCUCGCUACAACCCAGAGCAUCGUAUUUAGAAAACGCUGUAUGCCUGUUCAAGUCUCGUCACGAGGCAGAGACGGAUUCAACUGCGAGCUUGAGUCCUGUUCCUGGCGGUACACCACACAUGCACAUGGUGCGCGCCUUGGGUUCUGCUCUCGUCAUUUUCUUCUACCGACGGAUACGAAACGUCAACCCUCUGGUCCUCCAAGAUAGUGUCAACGACGUCAUAGAAUUUCUCCACUCCUUCGACGACGCUCUCGAACAGCACGGUCUUCUUGGACCCGGAACAGCGUGGCCUGCAUUCAUCGCUGGGGCAGAGGCCAUGUCUAUUCGACAGCGACACCACAUCUCAGCCUGGCUAGACAAGGGCUUCUCAAAAUCUGGAUUUGAGAGCUAUCGAGUGACAAAAGAUGUUCUGGUCGAGGUUUGGAGGAGGAGGGAUGAAGCCGAGGGUAGUGUCAUUGGCGCCGGCCUGUCUCGCACCGGAACAGCCUCAUUCAGCAAAGCACUCAAAAUCUUGCUCGACGGCCCGGUGUAUCACGGCGGCACACAAUCCACCCUUGGUCCAGAAGCCGAGAUCAAGACUUGGAUCAAGGUUUUGAACCAGUGGCCGCCAAAAGAUGAAGCCACAAGACGCGCCAACCUGGACCUCAUCAAGAGUCGCACCGAUGGAUUCGUCGCCAUCACCGACUCACCAGGGUGUGGCCUCGUGUCAGAACUCAUGACUCUCUAUCCCAAUGCCAAGGUAAUCUGCACCGUCCGCGAUGCAGACGCGUGGCAGCGCAGCAUGGAGGCCGUUGGUAACGCAGCGACGCAAUGGUUCCUUCGCUUCGUCCUGUUCCCACUGCCAACGAUGCGCUUCUUCGUCGACUACAUCGAUGCGCUGCGUCGGCAGUGGCUGAUCAUGUAUGGCGAAAGGGAGCCGGUGACGAGCAAGGUCUACCACCAACAGAUUGCCUGGCUCAAGGAGAAUGUGCCACAAGACCGUCUUUUCUUUGUGGACGUCAAAGAUGACUGGGAGCCGUUGUGCAGAGCAUUGGACCUUCCUGUCCCCAAAGAUGUUCCUUUUCCGAGGAUCAACGAUGGCCAAGCGAUAGAAUCGUUCGCAAAGUGGCACGUGAACAGAGGGUUGAUGCGGUGGCUGGGAAUCUUUGGUGUUGUUGGUGCGAGUGCUUGGGCUGUUCUGAGGUGA